CUCUAUUUUAUUUGUCUUCCCUGAUGUUUUCUGUUUUCAAUGUGGACUUUAUCCACAAUUUGAAGCAUUAACUCUUCUUGUUAGAAACAAUUUUAUAGGUACGUGGAUGGCAAUUCAACUAACAGCUAAGAACUUCUAUAUAUGCUAAGGGAAGCACAACAUUUGCCCAUACAAAGCAAAAUUAUUGUUGCUCAUCUGUAAAAGAGUUCAAAGCUUCUGUCAAGAUUUCUUUGAAGUUAGGAGAAUUGAGCUCACAGCUCUUAUUGAGCUUUUCUAAACUAAACUCUAAGGUGAAGAGAAUGGCAUCUAAGCCGGGACCACUUACAGGAUGGCCAUGGGAGAAACUUGGCAACUUCAAGUAUCUGCUUCUCUCCCCUCUGGUGAUCAAAGCAGUACACACCAAUUUUCUAGGAGGACAAGAAGCGGACAACAUUAGUUUGGUGCUGCUUCUUUUGGUGGCAACUCAAUACCUCCAUAACCAACUGUGGAUUAGUGUUUCUCGCUAUCAGAAUGCACGGAGCAAGCAUCAAAUACAAUCUAAAAGUAUCCACUUUGAGCAAGUUGAUAGAGAGAGAACCUGGGACAACUAUAUUCUCAUGUACACCUUCAUCUGGUUUCUAGUUCAUGCAUACAUUCCAGGCGCCUCUAAUCUUCCUCUCUGGAACACAAAGGGCUUCAUUGUUUUUUUUUUGGCCCAUAUUGGGCCAUCUGAAUUCUUGUAUUACUGGGCACAUAGAGCUCUUCAUCACCACUUGCUGUAUAAUCUUUACCACUCUCAUCAUCACUCUUCUUUCGUCACAGAACCCAUCACAUCUGUAGUGCAUCCGUUUGCAGAGCAUUUGAUGUAUAUUGCAAUAUUCUCAAUUGCUCCACUGGCUACUCUUUUCACCAAAACUCCUUCUAUUGGUGUAACAUUUGUCUACUUAAUGUGGUUUGAUUUCAUGAACAAUAUGGGCCACUGCAACUUUGAAUUUGUUCCCAACUGGGCAUUUAGGAUCUUCCCUCCUCUUAAGUUCCUAAUGUACACACCCUCGUAUCACUCUCUUCACCAUUCACAAGUUCAUACCAACUUCUGUCUGUUCAUGCCUCUCUAUGAUUACCUUUAUGGGACAGCCGAUAAGUCGUCCCAGACUCUCUACGAGACUUCACGGAAAGGGCGAAAGGAAAAGGUCGAUUUGGUGUAUCUCACUCAUGCAACAAGUUUGCUUUCAUUUUUCCAUUUAAGAUUUGGGUUUGCUUCAUUUGCUGCUAAGCCAUACUCUACCAAAUGGUAUAUGUGGAUUUUAUGGCCGAUUAGCAAUGCCAUCAUGAUCUUUCUUUGGCUCUUUGGACAAAGUUUUAUAGCUGAGAAAAAUCGAUUAAAUGAUAUGCAUUUGCAAACAUGGGUUAUUCCGCGAUACACAUUCCAGUAUUCAAUGCCUUCUGAACGAGCAAAGAUAAAUAAGCUUAUUGAGGAUUCCAUUUUAGAAGCAGAGAAAAAAGAAGUCAAAGUUAUCAGUUUAGGCCUCCUCAACCAGAGUGAGGAUCUUAAUGGAGGAGGGGAGCUGUUUUUGAAAAGGCACAAGAACUUAAAAGCCCGUAUGGUAGAUGGGAGUACUCUUGUAGCCGCUGUAGUAUUGAAUUCGAUCCCAUCGAAGACAGGUGAAGUAUUCAUGUGUGGGGGCACGUCAAAAGUUGGAUCUGCAAUUCUCUGCCUCCUAUCUCAAAGGGGAGUCAGUAUUCAGCUUCUUACGGAAUCAAGAGAACAGUUGGAUCAAAUGAAAUCAACUGUCCCAUCCCAAUUCCAGCAACAAAUCAUCCCUGUAAACAGCUAUCAGGCGGGCAAGAACUGCAAGAUAUGGAUUGUUGGGAGAUGGGUAAGUGGGGAAGACCAGAUGAAGGCACCCAAGGGAGCCCUCUUUAUUCCCUUUCAGCCAUUUCCAAUACCUAGGACUCGUAAGGACUGCUUUUACUACAGCACACCUGCAAUGAGAGUGCCUGCCAACCUGGAAAAUGUGCACACCUGUGAGAACUGGCUGCCAAGGAGAGUAAUGAGCGCAUGGAGAGUGGGAGGAAUGGUGCAUGCAUUACAAGGAUGGAAUCACCAUGAAUGUGGACAAACUAUGAAUACUGCAGACAUCAACAAAGUGUGGGAGGCUGCACUUAAACAUGGCUUUCUUCCCUUCAACAUGUCACUUACUUAACUGCAAUUGGAGAUAAGAUAAGUGAUGUCAAUGCAGUUGGAGUUGGAGUUUUUAAGGCAGACAUUCUAAAUUAGUUUUGAGUAUUUUUUUUAACAAUAGUUAUUAAUUUUCAUGUUUUUAAGUGUGUUAGUUGUUUUUAAAGUUGUGUAAAAUGAUAAGUAUAUCAUUAUUGUCUAUUUUAAGGGUUGUAAUUUCUACAAUGAGUUUCUCUUGUUGUCAAGUCUAUAAGUUUGUAAUGAAUGAUAAAGACUUUUAUAUCAAGGCAUGAUAAAAUUAUUUUGAAUAAUAAAAAAAAAUAUUUGUGUGUAAAA